UCAACCGUUCCUUUAUCUUUUGGAUUCCCUUCUCAUUCACUUUCACUUUCACUCCUUAGCCUGGUUAUAGGAGCUAGGGUUUAUCGAGGGUUUCGUUCCUUCCUCUCUGCAACAACAAUGGCGAAACCUGGGCGAGGUCGUCGCUCUCCCUCCGGUUCCGUUUCCGGCUCCUCCUCUCGCUCCUCUUCCCCCUCCGACUCUCGUUCCUCCUCUCGCUCGCGCUCCCUUUCUCGGUCCCGUUCUCCCUCGCGCUCCAGAUCCUCUUCCCCCUCCUCCUCCUCUUCCUCCCGAAGCUCCCGCAGCCGCAGCCCUCCCCCGCAGAGGCGCCGAAGUCCUGCUGACGCAACUAGGCGAGGUCGGUCUCCUCCACCUCAGUCUAAGAGAGCUUCACCUCCCCCAAGGAAACCUUCUCCUGUACGCGAGUCACUUGUUCUUCAUGUAGAAAAGCUCAGCAGAAAUGUCAAUGAAGGGCACUUGAAAGAAAUUUUCAGUAACUUUGGUGAGGUUAUAAGUGUCGAGUUGGCAAUGGAUCGAACUGUCAAUCUUCCAAAAGGGUAUGGAUAUGUGCAGUUCAAGACAAGAGGGGAUGCUGAAAAGGCAUUAUUGUACAUGGAUGGUGCCCAAAUAGAUGGCAAUGUCAUCAAGGCAAGAUUUACUCUACCUCCAAGGCAGAAAGUUUCACCACCCCCAAAGGCUUCUGCUGUUGCUCCAAAGAGAGACACCCCCAGGGCUGAUAAUGCUAGUGCAGAUGUUGACAAGGAUGGACCAAAGCGGCAAAGAGAAUCUUCUCCUCGUAGAAAACCUCCUCCCUCACCACGGAGGAGAUCUCCUGUACCUAGAAGAGCUGGAUCUCCAAGACGACCAGAUUCUCCACGUCGCCGUGCAGAUUCUCCUGUUCGUCGCCGAUUAGACUCUCCUUAUCGUCGUGGAGGAGACACACCUCCUAGGAGGCGGCCUGUGUCUCCUGGAAGAGGUCGUUCUCCAUCUCCACCUAGACGCCUUAGAUCCCCUGCAAGGCUGUCACCUAGAAGGAUACGUGGAAGUCCAGGUCGAAGACGUUCACCUCCACCUCCUCCCAGGCGCCGAUCACCACCUAGACGACCACGUAGUCCUCCUAGAAGGUCUCCAAUUGGUCGUAGACGUACUCGCUCUCCAAUACGUAGGUCUGCACGCUCACGCUCAAGGUCAUUCUCACCUCGCAGAGGUAGACCACCAGUUAGACGUGGAAGGUCAUCAUCCUACUCUGAUUCACCUAGUCCACGCAAGGUAUCCCGGAGAUCAAAGAGUCGGAGCCCAAGAAGGCCUUUGAGAGGAAGAGGCAGUAGCAACAGCAGCAGCAGCAGUUCACCACCACCACCACCACCACCACCAACUCGCAAGCCAUAGAUAAUUCUUGUACAUCUACUGUCUAUUUCUGUUGAUGUAUUUAUUGAGAUUCUGUACCGGCUGAGUUCUAGCUUGAUGUGCUUGGGGAUAUAUGUUGCUUUUCAUUGUGGUCUAUUAACACAUUUUUUCUUAUUAGCACUUAAAAGUUGUUUGGAAACUAGGCAUUCCGUUUUUGUUUGGAUCCUACUUUAGUUGUUACUUUGCUCAAAAAUGCAAAACAUGAAAGACGAUAGUGCUCUGCUUUAUUGUAUUUCUAGAAAUUCAGUGGAAUUCCAUGUAACUGGUAGUUUCUUUAGAAAUUUGAUUAUGCGAAGAAAGUAGUAGUAAA